AUGUUUCACGCCGCUGCGGCGCGACAUCAGGACCUGCAACGUCGCAUAAAUCAACUACGGACGGUGGGCGCGACGCUCGAUGAACAGUUGGCCAAUUCCAUCGAGAACGAGAAGCUUCUCAGGGAGCGAUUAAAGGAACUACAACACGACGCAGAUGAAGUCUUUGAGGCGUUGGGGUCCAAUCUGAGAGGACUGGGUGGUGGCGACAUGGGUGACGCGGGAGAAGGGACGACCGAGAGCGAGGCCGAACCAAAACGAUCUUGCUGGCAGCGUUUUUGCCGCGUCUUUUGCUGCAAGAAGCGUGAAGCCGCAAGUUUGGUCCCACCCACCCGCGAAGCAGACGCGGCCUUGCCGCGCAUAGGCACGGGGACGAGUGACGAGGAGUCGAAAACCAUCCCGGUGCGAGCGGCCCCGAAGUCCAUGGAGGAAACGAGUUAUUUUCAGACCCGGGUGACAGAAUUUGGCAUGCUCGGAAGAUCCGAAGCCGCUUUUCGACUGAAUGCCGAGGAGUGCAUCACCGAGUCGAAGGAUGCCCUUGACUAUUUUACGAAACUCUACAACAGCAACGGUGAGCGCCUGAAGAAACUGAAGAAGAGAGAAGAAGAGAUAGACGAACGGAAGAACAAAUUGUUGCAGAUGAACUAUCGCCCUUCUAUUACCACGGAACGCGACCAUCACGUGAGCCGAGACGAUACGCGCAACCCCCCCCGAAAAGAGGCCAUUCGAGUCGAAGAGCAAGUUAAGCCAUCCGACCUAGUUAAGCAGCCAUCCGACCUGCAAGUUGCUACGAAGAACAAGUCAAAGACCCGGAAGCGGGGAAAGGAGAAAGGCCUUGUUGGCAACACGAAAGGACGUCCGCGCAAGACCUGGCAUGGAUUUUGUCAAAUGGAGGAGCACGAGGCCACCGACCUCAACGAUGAGCUCGGAGUUGCGGCUUGCCACCCCUGCCGCAACAAAUUCACGAAGGCUGUCCAGAGGCUUGAGAGGUGCCCCCCCUGUGAGGGAAAAUGCCCGAACACAAGUGCCUGUUCGCGGUGCAAAUUGCGAAGGUGGGAAGAGAAGGGGAUGAAGCGUGAACGCGUCCCGGCUCGUCAAACUACUCGAUUA